GGAGUGGACAUAGCUACAGUUCCACAAGCAAGGAAAGCUUAAACACUGAGAGAGUGCGGUCACCAACCAUAUCUCUUCUUGUUGAAAAAAUUAAUUUUUUUUUCAGGGAAUCUUUAGCUUACCAGGGCCAUAGAAGAUCACAUACCCUAACAAGCGUAUCUUCUUCUUUAACUUCCAUUCUCACCUUACAUAAAGAAAGCUUCAAGCCUUAAUAGAAUUUUUGCUCAAUGUUCCCUUUACACCAAGGUGAUGAGCUGUGCUUCAAUAUUUCCUCCGAUCCCCACCAACAACACAACAUCCCACAAGAUCUGAUUCUUGCUCGAUAUGCUGCACUCCAAGGAAGUGAUACAACCAACAAAAUGGAAAAUGAUCGGCGGCGAUUUUUAAUUUCCAUGGACAGUAAUCAUGAGGUUGCUAGAGAUCAUAGUAAAAAUAAUAAUAAGAAGAUGAUGCAUAGAAAUAUUGAAAGACAAAGAAGGCAAGAAAUGACAACCCUUUAUGCAUCCCUUCGAGCUCUACUCCCUCUUGAGUUUAUCAAGGGAAAGCGUUCAAUAUCGGAUCACAUGAACGAGUCUGUGAAUUAUAUAAAGUAUCUCCAAAAGAAGAUCAAAGAACUUAGUGCCAAGAGAGAUGGGUUAAAGAAAUCCCCCAAUUUAAGCUUUGAUUCCCCAAGUGGAAGUUCUAACAAGUACUCUCCAAUUAGUCCAGUAACCCUCCAGCCAUAUCCAGGUGGUAUUGAGGUUGUGUUUGAUAGUGAUUUUAGGGGGCAAGAUUCCCCCCUAUCAAGAGUGUUGCAAGUGUUGCUUGAAGAAGGAAUCUCUGUUGUUAACUGUGUUUCCACCAAAGUAAAUGAAAGAUUAUUUCAUACCGUCCAAACUGAGGUCAAUGAUCCUGCAUGCUUAAAUCUAUCCGAGCUGCGGCAGAAAUUAACCCUACGAGUUGUUUCUUGAACAAGUGAUUUGUCCAAGUAAAAAUGUUUAUGCUUCUUGGAUCAUUGACAUCUUGCACUGUAACAAUCUGACUUCCGAUUGAAACACUUCUCUCAACAUGGUUUCGUUUUUGAGAAACUUAAUUUGAUGAAAAUGCUUGCGAGCAUUUUUGAGAAAUAUUAGAGGUAUUUUGUAAAUAAUUGCUCUUGAAGACUUUUUGGGAGGCAUUAUAUCUGUGCAUGCUUAUAUUUGCACAGGAGCUAAAUUCACUACUGGGUUGCUAUGCUGUACUUGCUAUUUCCUACAUGCAGGAGUGCACAAUAAAUUCUGUUGAAAACACCAA